CAGAGCUCCCGCGAAAAUUAGUAUCUAAACUAAUGUAAAACGGAGUUAACUUAGAGUUGAAAUAGUGGACUUGAUAUAGCAAAGUAUUCCAAGCAAGGAGAUGAGUCUCUGGGUAGAUAAGCAUCGGCCAACCACACUAGGAAAGUUAGACUAUCACAAAUCGCAAGCUGUAUUGCUGAAAAAACUGGUUCAAGAUGGUGACUUUCCCCACCUGUUAAUCUACGGCCCCUCAGGGGCGGGCAAGAAGACGCGUAUCAUGUGUCUGCUGCGGGAGCUGUAUGGGUCUAGUGUGGAAAAGCUCAGGAUAGAACACCACAGCUUCACCACUCCUUCCAAGAAGAAGUUAGAAAUCUCCACAGUUGCCAGUAAUUAUCACAUUGAAGUGAAUCCCAGUGAUGUAGGACACAAUGACCGUGUUGUCAUCCAGGAACUCCUCAAGACGGUGGCCCAGUCCCAUCAGCUGGAGACCUCCACUCAGAGAGACUUCAAAGUUGUCGUAUUGACUGAGGUAGACCGUCUCAGCAAGGACGCCCAGCAUGCCUUGAGACGCACUAUGGAGAAGUACAUGGCCACCUGUAGGCUGAUCCUGUGCUGUAAUUCCACCAGUAAAGUGAUCCCUGCCAUCAGGAGCAGGUGCUUGGGGAUCAGGGUCCCAGCACCCACUGUAGAAGAAGUGGUACAGAUACUACAGAGCACCUGUAAGAAAGAAGGCCUGACACUUCCCAGUGAGUUAGCCAGGAAGAUUGCCGAGAAGAGUAAUAGAAACCUCAGGAAAGCACUUCUAAUGUGUGAGGCCUGCAAAGUUCAACAGUACCCAUUCAGUGCUGACCAGCCUGUGGUGGAGGCUGACUGGGAGAUAUUCCUACGGGAGACGGCCAACCUCAUCGUACAACAGCAAACACCGAAGAGAUUACUUGAAAUACGAGGGCGGUUAUAUGAGCUGCUCACCCACUGCAUUCCACCUGAUGUGAUUAUAAAAGGUUUGGUGAAGGAACUGGUGGGUAGUUGCGAUGGUCAGCUGAAGGCGGACGUCACACAGGUUGCCGCCUAUUAUGAACACAGACUGCAGUUGGGACAAAAGGCCAUAUUUCACUUGGAGGCUUUUGUGGCCAAAUUCAUGGCAAUAUACAAACAGUUUCUUGAGGAAGGAAUGGCCGAUUUCUUUUGAUGCUGCUUUGCGUUGGCAAACUCUAAACUUUGGGAUUCAAUUGUUGAUUUAUGUAUUUUUUUCACAAGCUUUGAUGGCAGUGGAGUUGAUAAAUGAAAAACCAUGAACGGUUUUUAACUAUCAGUGACAUAUCUGCUGACUCACUGAUUGGUGGUGUCAUUUUAUAUGAUAAUAAAGUAAAGAACUAUUUGGAGGUGAAAUAUUGGGAACUCGUUCUGAAUGUUUUGUUGCCGUCUUCUUAGACCUGGACAUUUGGGUUUUGAACUCUUGGAGGGGGUGUUAGCGAAGCAACGUCUGUUUCCUUCAAAAAGGAUAAAAAUGUAUUGGUUUUUAA